CGGCCUUGCUAGUCAGAUACAUUGUAUGUUUAUGCUUAGUGAUGUUGCUCUCUCUUUCAUUAUGUCCUGUCUCGUCCGUUUAUUCUUCCUCUUGUCAGUUGCAGGAACCGUUUAGUCUUAAUGGCAUUUAUAAACAGGGAGACAUUGUGCUGGGGGGUCUAUUUGAGACCCAUUAUACCUCCAUCUUCCCCAAAUCCUUUUUCACCUCCAAACCACAGCAGCCCAUCUGCCAGGAUUUUGACAUUCAAGGGUUCAGGUAUUCCCAGACCAUGCUGUUUGCAAUAGAUGAGAUCAAUCGGAGCGACAGUCUUCUGCCAAACGUGACACUGGGAUACAGACUCCAUGAUAACUGUGUCUCACUUGGAGUUGCCUUUCGAGCUGCCUUUUCAUUGGCCAGUGGCAAAGAGGUGAUGUUUGACCAGGCCGCAAGCUGUAGAGGAACCCCUGUGGUAGGGAUUGUGGGUGACUCCAGGUCAACUAAUACUAUUGCCAUUUCCAGUGUUUUAGGUUUGUUCAAAAUGCCCAUGGUGAGUUACUUUGCCACAUGUUCCUGCCUCAGUGACAGGCAACGAUUCCCAUCUUUUUUUAGAACUAUCCCAAGUGAUGCGUUUCAGGUGCGAGCUAUGCUCCAGAUUCUGAAGCGGUUUGGCUGGACCUGGAUUGGCCUGCUUGUCAGUGAUGAUGACUAUGGUCUCAAUGUAGCCCGAUCCUUCCAGUCAGAGCUGGCCCAGUCUGGUGAAGGCUGUCUGGCUUAUCUAGAGGUUCUGCCGUGGGGAAACAACCCUGGUGAACUUCAAAGGAUUGUUGGCAUAAUGAAGAAAUCAACUUCUCGUGUGGUCAUUGUUUUCGCACAUGAGAAUCACAUGUUGAACCUCUUGGGAGAGGUGGUAAGGCAGAACGUUACAGGCCUCCAGUGGAUGGCCAGUGAAGCCUGGACUGCCACCACUGUGCUCCAGAUCCCCAGCUACAUGCCUUUCCUUGCAGGCACUCUGGGUAUUGCCAUCCGCCGGGGAGAGAUACCAGGACUUAGGGACUUCCUACUGAGAAUACGCCCUGACAAUGACACACUCAGCAGCAAGGACAAUAACAUAGUGCAGCAGUUUUGGGAGGAGACGUUCCAGUGUAGAUUCCCGCCUUCACCACCCAAAUGGACCGAUGAAGGGGGGAGACUGUGCACAGGUCAGGAGAACCUGGCAACAGUAAAGACAGAGUUCCUGGAUGUUUCAAACCUCAGGCCAGAAUAUAAUGUGUACAAGGCGGUAUAUGCCAUGGCACAUGCCCUCCAUGACAUGCUGAAGUGUGUUCCAGGGAGUGGACCUUUUGUCGGACAAACCUGUGCCAGUUUACAGAGACUAGAGCCAUGGCAGCUAGUUUAUUACUUGGAUAGGAUCAACUUUACCACAUCUUUUGGUGAUCAAGUAUCAUUUGAUGAGAAUGGGGACGCAUUACCGAUCUAUGAUGUAAUGAACUGGCUUUGGCUCCCAGACGGUAGCACAUUCGUUCAGAAUGUUGGUGUUGUCAAGGAGACCGCCGCCAAAGGUCUGCCACCUCGAUCAGUGUGUAGUGAGAGCUGUCCCCCAGGCACCCGCAUGGCCAGGAGGAAGAAUGAGCCUGACUGCUGCUUCGACUGCAUCCCUUGUUCAGAAGGAGAAAUUAGCAAUAUGACAGACUCAACAGAAUGCCUGAGUUGUCCAGAAGACUUCUGGUCAAGCCCUCAGCGUGACGUUUGUGUGCCACAAAUGAUAGAGUUCCUCUCCUACGAUGACCCCUUGGGCAUGUCCUUAACAACGGCCUCUUUGAUAGGAACACUCAACUGUGCAAUUGUGCUAGGAAUCUUCACACAUCAUCGGACCACACCAGUGGUUAGAGCCAACAACUCAGAGCUCAGCUUCCUCAUUCUGCUGUCACUCAAACUAUGCUUCUUGUGCUCCUUGCUUUUUAUUGGUCAACCAAGGCUGUGGACGUGUCAAUUGAGGCAUGCAGCCUUUGGGAUCAGCUUUGUGCUGUGUGUUUCUUGUAUCCUGGUGAAGACCAUGGUUGUUCUGGCGGUAUUUAAGGCCUCCAAACCAGUUGGUGGCAGUAGUCUGAAGUGGUUUGGGGCAGUUCAACAGAGAGGGACUGUUGUAUUUCUGACAUUAAUUCAAGCGGCAAUAUGCACAACCUGGCUUGUGUCGUCCUCACCAGCACCUCAUAAAAACACACAAUAUCACAAUGACAGGAUAGUAGUUGAGUGUGUAGUGGGGUCCAGAGUUGGAUUCGGAGUAUUACUGGGCUAUAUUGGAUUACUGGCUAUUCUCAGCUUCUUGCUUGCAUUCUUGGCACGCAAUCUGCCAGAUAACUUCAAUGAGGCCAAGUUUAUCACCUUCAGCAUGCUAGUCUUUUGUGCUGUUUGGAUAGCCUUUAUCCCCGCUUAUAUCAACUCCCCUGGUAAAUCUGCAGAUGCUGUGGAGGUGUUUGCCAUUCUAGCUUCUAGUUUUGGGCUGUUAUGGGCCUUAUUCGGACCAAAGUGUUUCAUAAUCCUGCUUAGACCUGAAAGAAACACUAAGAAAGCUAUAAUGGGACGAGGUGUCCCGAAAUAA